AUGGAUUUGUCUCUGAAAAUAACCCCCAUGGUCAAAAGCUCCUUAAAACAAAGUGAAGCAAUAGACUUGUUGUUGGAAGCAGGCCUGGAUGAGACAGAAAUAAGAGAUGCACUGGCUGAAAUUGGCGAUCCUACACCUGAAAAUGUUUAUGGACAUUUACAGAAGCUUAAAAAAGCUGAGGAAACAGAGAAGGCUAGAAAAGAAGAGGCAACAGCAGAUGCAAACAAAAAGCAUAAGGACAUGCUAAAGAAACAGGCAGAGCAGAAAGAAAUGCAGUUGAAGCGAGUUAAAGACAAAAUCAAGGCAGCCCAGGACGAAAACAGGAAGAAAGAGGAUGAAUUUGACAAGGAAACACAAAAGGGGUACGAGGAUGUGAUAAUUGAAGAAUACUACAAGGUACGAGUAUUUCUACCAACUUACAGAUCCAUGUUCAUUGGACUGGAUGAUGGAGCAACUGCAAAGGAUCUCUUUGCAAGAAUACGCGAAGAAAACAAGAAACUUGAAGGAAAACUGGGGAAUUUCAGCCUAUCCAAGUAUGGAUUGCGCGAGAGUGUGAAUGAAGAUGAUACACCACUUCUGGAUGUAUUUGGUCACACGACAUGCAUGCUUAUUUUGGAGGAAACUUCUACAAAAUAA